UAUCGGGCCGGAAGGAAAGAGACCACAUGCGGUGAGGACGCUCGGCCAGGAAGAGGAAGCCACCGGUCACAGCAAGCCCGCGCAAUUAGAUGGCUUCUGCGCCAAGUUUGAAAUCGGAGAGAUUACCGCUGCUAGAGGACGGGAUCCCCCCAGCCAAGAAACCCAGAAAACUGCUACCCAGCCUGAAGACAAAGAAGCCGCAGGAGCUGGUGCUGGUGAUCGGGACGGGGAUCAGUUCCGCCGUCGCCCCCCAGGUGCCUGCACUGAAGUCCUGGAAAGGGUUAAUCCAGGCCCUGCUGGACGCCGCCAACGACUUCGACCUCCUAGAGGAAGAGGAGAGCAAAAAGUUCCAGAAGUGUCUCCACGAGGACAAGAACCUGAUUCACGUGGCCCAUGACCUCAUCCAGAAGCUGUCCCCGCGCACCAGCAACGUGCGCUCCACCUUCUUCAAGGACUGUCUGUACGAGGUGUUCGAUGACCUGGAGUCCAAGAUGGAGGACUCGGGCAAGCAGCUGUUACAGUCGGUGCUGCAGCUGAUGGAGCACGGCGCUCUGGUCCUGACCACCAACUUCGACAACCUCCUGGAGAUCUACGCCUAUCACCAGGGGAAGCAGCUGGAGUCCAUCGACCUCACCGACGAGAAGAUGGUCCUAGAAUGGGCUCAGGAGAAGAAGAAGCUCAGCGUCCUUCACAUCCACGGCGUCUACACCAACCCCAGCGGCAUCGUCCUCCACCCGGCCGGCUACCAGAACGUCCUGCGCAAUACAGAGGUCAUGCGGGAGAUCCAGAAGCUGUACGAGACUAAGUCCUUCCUGUUCCUGGGCUGCGGCCGCACCGUGGACGACACGACUUUCCAGGCCCUGUUCCUGGAGGCGGUGAAGCACAAGUCGGACCUGGAACACUUCAUGCUGGUCCGGCGGGAGGACGUAGACGAGUUCAAGAAGCUGAGGGAGAACAUGCUGGACAAGGGCAUCAAAGUGAUCUCCUACGGCACAGAGUACUCCGACCUCCCCGAGUACUUCGAGAGGCUGGCCAACGAAAUCUCCAACAAGGGCCGGCCAGUAACAGGGACGAUAACAGAACCUCCUCUGAAGAACGGGCCGAGCCUACCGAACAGUCCAAAUAAAGGGUUUUCAUGCUGUCAAGAGUUGCACUGUGAGGAGGAAACGGCUUGCAAACCCGAGUAUGAAAUCCCAAUAUCGUCCUCUGCGGAAAUGGUGAAGACGGACUGUUGUCUACAGACGGAGCAUUCGUGCGCGGCCUCCACUUCGUGUCUCUCCAGCAAACCACUGGAGACAGGUGACCAGAUCAUAGAGCCAGAGCGGACGAACUGUACCCAGGGACCCGUGUCCCCAACCAGUCCACCUUCUAAAGAGGACCAAGUUCCACCACCACCACCAUCCGCUGCAAGUGCAUUGAACAUUGAGGGGCAUCUGAAGAGUUUCAUUGACAUCCAGGAGGGUUUACGUAAGGGGAUCAUGACAAAGAUGAACACUCUGCACCUAGACUUGUGCCAGUUGACGAUGGGCAUUCACAAAAACAAUUCCGUGUUUCGAAAAACGCUGAAGGUGGAGACGGACCGCAACCAGUUGCUCUGCCAGAUGAACGCCAACAUCGCCAAACUGGCCACUAGCUUGCAAAUUUUGGCGAUCCAACAGAAUGCCAGCCAGAGGGAGUUGCGGGAUCUUUUGGACAUGCGCAGGGCAUCGUCGCCGACCUCUCUGGAGGAUAUGACGCUUGGAAGCCCAUCCAUAGCCCCUGCCGCCCCUCUGUCUCCUCCCCCGACGCAGUGUCGGUACUCUACCCGAGCCAGGAAGGGACACACUCCGCCACUGAGCUACUCCUGUGACAGCAGGCCACGUCCUGCAAAGAGAGGGCGUAAAUGA